AUGCAGUUCUCUACUACUGCUCUCGCGAUCAUCUCAGCAUUCAUUGCAUCUAGCACUGCCGCAGAUACCCUGUCGUUUACGAUAUCAACAUGCUCUGCUUGCAGUACUGCAUCCGGAUGCUUGAUUGAACGACUCGAAAACCUCCCCGCCAAUAGGUGCAUCAGGAUCUUCGACGGCAACAAGAGUCUGGUCAUUACCGCCGCCGCAAACCCCAGCUGCAAAGUCAACCUUUUUACUUCUUCUGACUGCUCUGAGGGCGAGACCCCAGAUGUGCACCAGAAGGUUGGUGUGUGUGACGAUUUUAGUCCUAAGAACUCGUACAUGAUCACCUGUUAA